ACAAGGGUUCAGGGAAAGAGAAACUAAAGUGUAGUUGAACUGUUGUGUGUUGUGUCUCUGUAUUCAUGCAGUAAAAUGGCAGAAGCCAGAAUUUGUCAGGAUGAGUUCAUGUGUCCAGUGUGUCUGGAUCUCCUGAAGGAUCCAGUGACCAUCCAGUGUGGACACAGUUAUUGUAAGAGCUGUAUUGAAGGUUGCUGGGAUCAGGAAGAUCAGACGAGAGUCUACAGCUGCCCUCAGUGCAGAGAGACCUUCAGUCCAAGACCUGCUUUAGAUAGAGUGACAAUGCUGGCUGAACUGGUGGAGAAACUGAAGAAGACCAAACUUUCUGCUGACUGUGACGCUGGAGCUGGAGAUGUGCAGUGUGACGUCUGUACUGGAAGAAAAUACAAAGCUGUCAAGUCAUGUCUGAUGUGUCAGGAAUCUUACUGUCAAACUCAUUUUGACCGCCAUGAGGCAUUUCAUUCACGUAAACCACACAAAGUGAUUGAAGCCACUGGACGACUGCAGGAGAUGAUCUGCCAGAAACAUGAGAAACAUCUGGAAAUGUACUGUAUUACUGACCAACAAUGCAUUUGUGAGCUGUGUACAAAAUAUGAACAUAAAAACCAUGACACUGUAUCAGCCGCAGCCCAGAGGACAGAGAAACAGAAGCAGCUGAAGGAGACGCAGAAGACGUUCCAGCAGAGAAUCCAGCAGAUAGAGAAAGAUCUUCAGCAGCUGAGAGAGGCUGUGGAGUCUCAUAAGCGCUCUGCACAGACAGCAGUGGAGGACAGUGAGAGGAUCUUUACUGAGCUCAUCUGCUCCAUUGAGAGAAGUCGCUAUGAGCUGAUACGACUGAUCAGAGAUCAGGAAAAGACUGCAGUGAGUCGAGCGGAAGGACGACUGGAGCGACUGGAGCAGGAGGUCAAUGAUCUGAGGAGGAGAGACGCUGAGCUGGAGCAGCUUUCACACACACAGGAUCACAUCCAGUUCCUGCAGAGUUUCCAGUCUCUCGCAGCACCUCCUGAAUCUACAGACGUAAAUGAAGAUCCCUUCAGUUCUUUCAUGCCUUCUGAUGACUUAAGAGAAUCUGUCCAUCAGCUGAGAGACAAACUGAAGGAUUUCUGUAAAACAGAUGAGCUCAAGAAGAUCUCAGACAGAGUCACAUUCACCAACAUUGUUCCCAGAACCAGGAACGACUUCUUACAAUAUUCCCGUCAGCUCACUCUGGAUCUGAACACAGUGAAUAAACUCCUCCGUCUGUCUGAGAACAACAGAGUGAUUACUGCCACUAGAAGAGUACAGUCGUAUCCUGAUCAUCCAGACAGAUUUGAUGUGUAUGUUCAGGUGUUGUGUAGAGAGAGUAUGUGUGAACGCUGUUACUGGGAGCAGGAGUGGAGUGGAGAUAAUGGUGUUCGUAUAACAGUGUCAUUAAAGAGCAUCAGCAGGAAGGGAUCAAGUAAUGAGUGUUCGUUUGGAUGUAAUGAUCAGUCCUGGAGUUUGUACUGCUCUCAUUCCAGUUACUCAUUCAUACACAAUAACAUAUGGACUAAUCUCCCUGUAAAGUCCAUCAGCAGUAGAAUAGGAGUGUUUGUGGAUCACAGUGCAGGAACUCUGUCCUUCUACAGCGUCUCUGACACAAUGAGCCUCAUCCACACAGUCCAGACCACAUUCACUCAGCCGCUCUAUCCUGGGUUUGGUGUUUAUAAAGGAUCAUCAGUGAAACUGUGUUGA